AUGACAACAACCUCAACAACCAGUGUAGAUGGCAGAACCUCCUCGACUUUGAAGGCUACUUUAUCUGCUUCAGGUCCAAAUUCAAAUGGUCCAACGCCCGCUGUGCUUCCUCAGAAGCCAAAAUUAACAGGUUGGGCGCAGGCAGCUGCCAAAGCCCUUCCAAGGCAACAGCAACAGCAACAGCAGGCACGAAAAGAUGAUUCCGUGGCUGUACAACCUGCUAAUACGAAGACUAAAACCAUCGCAUCUACCGCGCCGCCUGCUAAUAUAAAGGGUAGUUCCACCGCCAAUGGAUCAUCCACAAAUAAGAAAUUUAAAAGAGCGAAUAAACAACCUUACAAUAGAGAAGAAGUUAGAUCGUAUAUGCACAAAUUAUUUCAGAGCUAUACCGCUGGUGAAAAAAGUCAUUCAAUGAAAACUUAUAAGCAAGUACUAUCAGAAACGGCAAGUGGCAGAGUUUCAACAGCCACUGACUGGGGUACUGUAUCAAGCAGUAAAAAUAAGAAUAAAAAAUACGGCUGUUUGUCCGAUAUUGCUAAAGUUUUAAGAAACCAAUGA